AUGAGACAAGCACAGUACCCAGCUUGCAGCUCACUAUUACAGCUACUGCAGACGGAGAUUCGGAUAGCUGUGAACAUGUACAACGUGGCGGAUGCGGCAUAUGAUGCUCCUGCUAUCCCGCAAGACGAGUUCCUUGACAUUUUCGGACAUGCCAGCAUUGAUACUAGCGUAUCAAUCUUUGGGAGCUAUUCACGGACUUCGAUUAAUGCAUUCGACGGCUACGAGAACGCAGUCAAUAUAUCGUAUACCGGGGAAGAGCCGACGAAUGUGACCCAUGGCAUGUCUUUUCCAACCGACGAAAAUCCAUCUCUCCGGUCAAUAGAGGGAAGAAUGCAGACCACAUUACCUGCUGGGGCCGAAGCGUGGAACAAUAAAUCAAGAGCACAGGAGGCGCACAGUUGCAUUGCACCGUCGACAGCGCGAAGGGUGCGUCCAUCGGGAGCACUCAAGACUAAGGACAACCCGAACGAUAAACGACACGUACAUGCAUUGAGCGAGCAGAGGUAUCGAGAGAACAUCAAUGCGCGAAUUUGGGAGCUCCACGAGGCCUUGGCACGAUCCAAAGGUUUUGUGUGCUCACGGCCGUUGCAUGGAGAGAUUGUGUUGGGAAAGAUGUCCAAGAAUGACAUUCUAUGGAACGCUAUCCGCUACAUCAACGAGACCGAAGUUAACAUGCGCCAUAUGGAAUGCGAAAGAGUAUGUCUUGAGAAAAGGAUCCAGCAAUUGGAAUUGACUCUUCAGCAGAGAGGUCUCGAUGCCGUCGGCUUACACCAGUCAUAG